GCGCGGGGGCCGACCCGGGCCACUUGAUCCGCCGGCGGGUUCCGGAGCCCCGUCGCCAGCCUGAACGCGGGACGCGGUGCGCUGGGGGAGGAGGGCGAAGCGACGCGGCUAUGGCUCCGCCGGGACUCCCGGGGUCCGCCGUCCUCGCCGCUGCGGUCUUCGUGGGAGGCGCCGUGAGUUCGCCGCUGGUGGCCCCGGACAAUGGUGGCAGCCGCACAUUGCAUUCAAGAACAGAGACGACCCCAUCGCCCACCAACAAUACUGGGAAUGGACACCCGGAAUACAUUGCAUAUGCACUUGUCCCUGUCUUCUUCAUCAUGGGUCUCUUUGGCGUCCUCAUCUGCCACUUGCUUAAGAAGAAAGGUUAUCGUUGUACUACAGAGGCUGAGCAAGACAUCGAAGAGGAAAAGGUUGAAAAGAUAGAGCUGAAUGAUAGUCUAAAUGAAAACAGUGACACUGUUGGGCAAAUUGUCCACUACAUCAUGAAAAAUGAAGCAAAUGCUGACGUUUUAAAGGCUAUGGUAGCAGAUAACAGCUUGGGUGAUGUUGAAAGCCCAGUGACCCCCAGCACCCCUGGGAGCCCACCUGUGAGUCCUGGGCCCUUGUCACCAGGAGGCACGCCAGGGAAGCAUGUCUGUGGCCACCAUCUACACACAGUAGGUGGAGCCGUGGAGAGAGACGUGUGUCAGCGGUGCCGGCACAAGCGAUGGCACUUCAUAAAACCCACCAACAAGUCCAAAGAGGGCCGGCCACGGCGUCAAGGGGAAGUCACUGUCCUCUCUGUUGGCAGAUUUAGAGUUACAAAAGUGGAACACAAGUCAAACCAGAAGGAACGGAGAAGUUUGAUGUCUGUUAGUGGGACUGAAAGCGUCAAUGGAGAGGUGCCUGUAACACCCGUGAAGAGAGAACGUAGUGACACAGAGUAACAGCAGUGAUUUUAUUUGAAGAGUUCUAAGAGACUGAAAAUUUACAAGAUAUGAAGUUGCCUAAGGAAUAUUUUUAUAUGUUUUAUACAGUUUCUAUCAUGAAGUCAACAGGCGUGUGGACAUAACCUCAAAGGGAAUAUUGUCACUGUGCUAGAUACAGAAUUCAGUUUGCUUUGAAACAAGUUUUGGGUUAAAAAGUGUCUUGAAAAUUUUAUUACAUUUUCAGGGAGGGAAAGAGCUCAUUUUUUAUCUUGUCAGCUGCCCCCAGCUACCACCUGUCCCUGUUGCCCAUCUCUGGGUUUGGCGUACACACUCUUUCCCCCUUAGGAUCACUAGGUAACAUACCAUGGAACUAGUCCCGUAUGGUCUGAGCUCAUGCUGUGUGUGUGUGUGUGUGUGUGUGUGUGUGUGUGUGUGUGUUUGAUCACUCCAAACCAUACCAUCCUCUUUUUGAUGCUGGUUGUAAGAAAAUCUCCAUAGAUUUCAUAGCCAAGAUUGUUAAAAAG